CGGCGGCGGGAGGAGGGGGACCGGGGAGCAGGCAGCAGCGGCAGGAGGGGACCGAGGAGCCGGCGGCGGCGGCAGCAGCAGCCGGGUUGCUAGGGAUGGAGAGAUCCCGUGUCACCCGGAUGUGAGUGUCAUGUUGGCCCAAACUCUGAGGGAUUUGGCAGCGGCGAAGCAGCAGCGGCAGGAGGAGGAGCAGCAGCAGCCCCUCGCACGUCUCUAGUCACUACCAUGGGGGUCGGGUAGCGGGUAGCGCAGGGGCAGCGCGCACCUGGCUCGGGGUGGGGUUGGGGGGCGUCUCUGCCCUUUUUUGUUUUUUCAUUUUCCUCUCACACGCUGGAGAAAGUGAGAAAAAUGCACCAGCAGCCGCAGCCCGAGCAGCACCCUGAAGAGGUGAACUAUGCAAGUAGCACCAGGAUUCCUCUCCCUGGUGAAGGACCAGCUAUUCAGUCAAACAGUUCAGCACCAUCCAAGCAAACUGUUCUAUCUUGGCAAGCUGCAAUCGAUGCUGCUAGACAAGCAAAGGCUGCCCAAAACAUGAGUACCACCACAGCCCAGCCUGUAGGAUCUCUGUCCCAAAGAAAACGCCAGCAAUAUGCCAAGAGCAAAAAACAGGGUAAUACAUCCAAUAGUCGGCCACCCCGUGCCCUUUUCUGUUUAUCCCUCAACAAUCCAAUACGAAGAGCCUGCAUUAGUUUAGUAGAAUGGAAACCAUUUGACAUAUUUAUACUACUGUCUAUUUUUGCCAAUUGUGUGGCCUUAGCUAUUUACAUCCCAUUCCCAGAAGAUGAUUCUAAUUCAACUAAUCAUAAUUUGGAAAAAGUAGAAUAUGCCUUCCUGAUAAUUUUUACAGUUGAAACAUUUUUGAAGAUUAUAGCAUAUGGAUUAUUAUUACACCCCAAUGCAUAUGUUAGAAAUGGAUGGAAUUUAUUGGAUUUUGUAAUAGUAAUAGUAGGAUUAUUUAGUGUAAUACUGGAACAAUUAACCAAAGAAACAGACGGUGGCAGCCACUCAGGUGGCAAACCUGGUGGCUUUGAUGUCAAAGCCCUAAGAGCCUUUCGUGUACUGCGACCUCUCCGACUCGUAUCAGGAGUGCCCAGUUUACAAGUUGUUCUGAACUCCAUUAUAAAAGCCAUGGUUCCCCUCCUCCAUAUUGCCCUUUUGGUAUUGUUUGUAAUCAUAAUCUAUGCUAUUAUAGGAUUGGAACUUUUUAUUGGAAAAAUGCACAAAUCUUGUUUUCUUAUUGAUUCAGAUAUACUAGUUGAAGAUGAUCCAGCACCUUGUGCAUUCUCAGGGAACGGCCGUCAGUGCGUCAUGAACGGCACCGAAUGUAAGGGUGGAUGGGUUGGACCCAACGGAGGCAUAACCAACUUUGACAACUUUGCAUUUGCAAUGCUGACUGUGUUCCAGUGUAUAACCAUGGAGGGCUGGACUGAUGUGCUGUACUGGGUAAAUGAUGCAAUAGGAUGUGAGUGGCCAUGGAUCUAUUUUGUUAGUCUUAUCAUCCUUGGCUCAUUUUUCGUACUUAACCUGGUUCUUGGUGUACUUAGUGGAGAAUUUUCCAAAGAAAGAGAAAAAGCCAAGGCCCGAGGGGACUUUCAGAAGCUUCGUGAAAAACAACAGCUUGAAGAAGACCUGAAGGGAUAUUUAGACUGGAUUACCCAGGCAGAGGACAUUGACCCUGAGAAUGAUGAAGAGGCUGAUGAAGAAGGCAAGAGGAACAGGCUUACACUGGCUGACUUAAUGGAAGACAAGAAGAAAAGCAGACUUAGCUGCUUUGGCCGUUCUUCCAAUAAACAUGCGAGCAUGCCCACCAGCGAGACCGAGUCGGUGAACACGGAGAACGUCAGCGGGGAAGGGGAGAGCCCGGCGUGCUGCGGGAGCUUGUGUCAAACCAUCUCAAAAUCCAAGUUCAGUCGACGCUGGCGUCGUUGGAACCGCUUUAACAGAAGAAAAUGUAGGGCUGCAGUAAAAUCUGUCACAUUUUAUUGGCUUGUUAUUGUCUUGGUCUUUUUGAACACGUUAACUAUCUCAUCAGAGCAUUACAAUCAACCUGACUGGCUGACUCAGAUCCAAGAUAUCGCAAAUAAAGUUCUUCUGGCUUUAUUCACCUGUGAAAUGUUAGUAAAGAUGUACAGCUUGGGCCUACAGGCCUAUUUUGUUUCUCUCUUUAACCGCUUUGAUUGCUUCGUUGUUUGUGGUGGCAUUGUUGAAACCAUUUUGGUGGAGUUGGAAAUUAUGUCACCCCUUGGAAUUUCAGUGUUUCGCUGUGUUCGUCUCCUGCGUAUUUUUAAAGUAACAAGGCACUGGGCAUCCCUGAGCAACUUGGUAGCAUCCUUGUUAAACUCAAUGAAGUCCAUUGCUUCACUGUUGCUUCUGCUUUUCCUCUUCAUCAUAAUCUUCUCGUUGCUUGGAAUGCAGCUGUUUGGAGGCAAAUUUAAUUUUGAUGAAACUCAAACAAAACGGAGCACCUUCGAUAAUUUUCCACAAGCCCUUUUAACUGUAUUCCAGAUCCUAACAGGGGAAGACUGGAAUGCUGUCAUGUAUGAUGGCAUAAUGGCAUACGGUGGUCCCUCAUCCUCAGGCAUGAUUGUCUGUAUAUAUUUCAUUAUCCUCUUCAUCUGUGGUAACUAUAUCUUGCUAAAUGUCUUCUUGGCCAUUGCUGUGGAUAACUUGGCAGAUGCUGAAAGUCUAAAUACAGCUCAGAAAGAAGAAGCUGAAGAAAAGGAAAGGAAAAAGAAUGCGAGAAAGGAGAGUCUGGAAAAUAAAAAAACUGAGAAGGCAGAAGGUGACCAAAAGAAGCCCAAGGAUAGUAAGGUGACAAUUGGUGAAUAUGGAGAAGGAGAGGAAGAGGAUAAAGAUCCCUAUCCCCCCUGUGAUGUACCAGUAGGUGAAGAUGAAGAAGAUGAGGAGGAUGAGCCAGAGGUACCAGCAGGCCCACGUCCCCGUAGGAUAUCAGAACUCAACAUGAAGGAGAAGAUAACACCUAUCCCUGAAGGGAGUGCCUUCUUCAUCUUCAGCAGCACCAACCCAAUUCGAGUGGGAUGCCACAGACUUAUCAAUCACCACAUCUUUACCAAUCUCAUCCUUGUCUUCAUCAUGCUGAGCAGUGUUUCCUUAGCAGCAGAAGAUCCAAUUCGCAGCCACUCUUUUCGAAAUAAUAUCCUAGGGUAUGCAGAUUAUGUCUUCACUAGUAUGUUUACAUUUGAGAUCAUUUUGAAGAUGACAGCUUUUGGAGCAUUCCUUCAUAAAGGGUCCUUCUGCAGGAAUUAUUUUAAUUUGCUGGAUUUGCUGGUUGUGGGCGUUUCUCUGGUAUCAUUUGGGAUUCAAUCAAGUGCUAUCUCAGUUGUGAAGAUUCUCAGAGUUUUAAGAGUCUUGAGGCCUCUAAGGGCAAUAAACAGAGCAAAAGGACUUAAGCAUGUUGUUCAAUGUGUCUUUGUGGCUAUUAGAACUAUUGGUAAUAUCAUGAUUGUUACAACUCUGCUGCAAUUCAUGUUUGCUUGUAUUGGGGUGCAGCUGUUUAAGGGAAAAUUCUACAAGUGCACUGAUGAGGCCAAACAGAACCCCGAGGAAUGCCGAGGGAUUUACAUCGUUUAUAAGGAUGGAGAUGUCGACAGUCCCAUGGUCAAAGAGAGGGUGUGGCAAAACAGUGAUUUCAACUUUGAUAAUGUCCUGUCUGCUAUGAUGGCCCUUUUCACAGUCUCCACCUUUGAAGGCUGGCCAGCGCUGCUGUACAAAGCCAUUGAUUCAAAUGGCGAGAAUGUAGGACCUGUAUACAACUAUAGAGUGGAGAUUUCCAUCUUCUUCAUCAUCUAUAUCAUCAUUAUUGCUUUCUUUAUGAUGAACAUAUUUGUUGGUUUUGUGAUUGUUACAUUCCAAGAACAGGGAGAACAGGAGUACAAGAACUGUGAGCUGGACAAAAAUCAGCGGCAGUGUGUGGAGUAUGCCCUGAAGGCACGUCCUCUCCGCAGGUAUAUUCCAAAAAAUCCUUACCAGUACAAGUUCUGGUAUGUGGUGAAUUCUACUGGAUUUGAAUACAUCAUGUUUGUCCUCAUCAUGCUGAACACCCUUUGCUUGGCUAUGCAGCACUAUGGACAGUCUAAGCUAUUUAAUGAUGCCAUGGACAUUAUGAAUAUGGUUUUCACAGGAGUGUUCACUGUUGAAAUGGUUUUGAAACUGAUUGCAUUCAAACCCAAGAUUUUUGUAAGAAAAAAGGAAAGAUGGCUAGGCUAUUUUAGUGAUGCCUGGAAUACGUUUGACUCCCUCAUCGUUAUUGGCAGCAUAGUAGACGUCGUUCUCAGUGAAGCUGAUCCAAAGCCAACUGAAACAGUCACAACUGAUGAGUCUGGGAACUCUGAGGACAGCGCUCGGAUCUCCAUCACUUUUUUCCGUCUCUUCCGUGUGAUGAGGUUGGUGAAGCUGCUGAGCAGAGGAGAAGGAAUCAGAACAUUACUCUGGACAUUUAUCAAGUCAUUUCAGGCUCUGCCUUACGUUGCCCUUCUGAUAGCCAUGCUGUUCUUCAUCUAUGCUGUCAUUGGAAUGCAGGUGUUUGGAAAAGUGGCCAUGAGGGACAACAAUCAAAUAAACAGAAACAACAAUUUUCAGACUUUCCCCCAAGCUGUGCUUCUUCUCUUCAGGUGUGCAACUGGAGAAGCCUGGCAGGAAAUCAUGCUGGCAUGUUUGCCUGGAAAGCGCUGUGAUCCCGAAUCUGAUUAUAAUCCUGGGGAAGAAUACACAUGUGGAAGCAAUUUUGCCAUCAUUUAUUUUAUCAGUUUUUACAUGCUCUGUGCAUUUUUGAUUAUAAACUUAUUUGUGGCUGUCAUUAUGGAUAAUUUUGAUUAUUUGACACGUGACUGGUCUAUUCUGGGCCCCCAUCAUUUGGAUGAAUUCAAAAGAAUAUGGUCAGAAUAUGACCCCGAAGCAAAGGGAAGGAUAAAGCACCUCGACGUGGUGACGUUGCUGAGACGGAUUCAGCCACCGCUCGGUUUUGGCAAGUUGUGCCCUCACCGAGUGGCCUGCAAGAGGUUAGUAGCCAUGAAUAUGCCACUCAACAGUGAUGGGACUGUCAUGUUCAACGCUACUUUAUUUGCUUUGGUUAGGACUGCUCUAAAGAUAAAAACAGAAGGUAACCUGGAGCAAGCCAAUGAAGAACUCAGAGCAGUCAUAAAGAAAAUAUGGAAGAAAACGAGCAUGAAGUUACUUGACCAAGUUGUCCCUCCCGCUGGCGAUGAUGAGGUAACCGUGGGGAAGUUCUAUGCCACCUUCCUGAUACAGGACUACUUUAGGAAAUUCAAGAAACGCAAAGAACAAGGACUGGUGGGGAAAUAUCCUGCGAAGAACACCACGAUUGCUCUGCAGGCAGGACUAAGGACACUUCAUGAUAUUGGCCCAGAAAUACGUCGAGCUAUAUCCUGUGACUUGCAAGAUGAUGAACCAGAGGAAAACAAUCCAGAGGAGGAGGAAGAUGUUUAUAAAAGGAAUGGUGCCCUCUUUGGCAACCACAUAAACCACAUUAGCAGUGACAGACGAGAUUCAUUUCAGCAAAUCAACACCACACACCGUCCCUUACACGUCCAGCGGCCUUCAAUUCCCUCUGCAAGUGAUACGGAGAAAAACAUGUAUCACCAGGCAGGAAACUCUGUGUACCACAACCAUCACAAUCACAACUCGGUAGGAAAGCACGUUCCAAACUCAACAAAUGCCAAUCUCAAUAAUGCCAACGUGUCCAAAGUCCAUGGAAAACACACAAGUUUUGGGAAUCGUGAGCACCGAUCUGAGAACGGUUACCGUUCACACUCCAGGACUGACCACGAGAAGAGAAGAAGGCCAAGCAGUAGGAGAACACGCUACUAUGAAACAUAUAUUAGGUCUGACACUGGUGAUGGGCGCCGACCUACCAUUCGCCGGGAAGAACACGAAGUGCAGGACUACUGCAAUGAUGAUCAUUAUCUGGGAGAGCAGGAGUAUUACAGUGGAGAAGAAUAUUAUGAAGAUGACAGUAUGUUGUCAGGAAACAGGCAUAGAUAUGAUUACCACUGUAGAUAUCACUGCCAUGACUCAGAUUUUGAGAGACCAAAAGGUUACCAUCACCCACAUGGUUUUUUUGAGGAAGAUGAUUCACAGAUCUGUUAUGAUACAAAAAGAUCUCCUAGGAGACGGCUGCUACCUCCAACACCACCACCACAUAGACGAUCUUCCUUUAACUUCGAAUGCCUCCGCCGACAAAGUAGCCAAGAUGACAUCCCACUCUCUCCUAAUUUUCACCAUCGCACGGCUUUGCCACUUCACUUAAUGCAACAGCAGGUGAUGGCUGUGGCAGGUCUGGACUCCAGCAAAGCUCAUAAACACUCACCGAGCCGUUCGACGCGUUCCUGGGCCACCCCACCCGCCACCCCUCCCUACAGGGAGCGUUCCCCCUAUUACACCCCUCUGAUCCAGGUGGACAGGGCUGACUCCACAGAGCACAUGAACGGCAGCCUGCCUUCCCUGCACAGGAGCUCCUGGUACACGGAUGACCCCGACAUUUCCUACAGGACGUUCACGCCAGCCAGCCUGACCGUCCCCAACGACCUGCGGCACAAACACAGCGACAAGCAGCGCAGCGCAGACAGCCUGGUGGAGGCGGUACUUAUAUCUGAAGGCCUAGGAAGGUACGCAAAGGACCCUAAAUUUGUUUCGGCUACAAAACACGAGAUUGCUGAUGCAUGUGACAUGACUAUUGACGAGAUGGAGAGUGCAGCAAGUAACCUUCUCAAUGGGAAUAUCAGCAAUGGGACCAAUGGGGAUAUGUUUCCAAUUUUAAGCAGACAAGAUUACGAACUCCAAGAUUUUGGUCCUGGCUACAGCGACGAAGAGCCAGAAACGGGACGAUACGAAGAAGACUUAGCUGAUGAAAUGAUAUGCAUUACAAGCUUAUAG